GGAGACAGAAAAGGAGUGGUGGGAGUGACUCCGGGCGUUAGCGAGAGAGCGAGAGAGGCGGGCAGAGGGAAAGGAGAGAUAGAGACUCGACCAAGAGAAGGAGCGGUGGGAAUUUAUAAGGAUGUUCGCGAUAAUGCCGAUGGAGACAGAGGGGCACGGCAGGGAGUUCGGCCGGCGGCAGAAGAUGCGCGCCAAGUGCACGGUAGAGUUCGUCUGCAAGUACUGCCAGCGGCGCUUCACGAAGCCCUACAACCUCAUGAUCCACGAGCGCAGCCAUAAGGACGACGUGACCUUCACCUGCGAGGUCUGCGGAAAGUCCUUCAAGCGGCAGGACAAUCUCAAGCAGCACAGGAGCAUACACUCUGUUCCCUACAAGGGCUCCAACGGCUACUCAAAUGGCUAUUCGAAUGGCUACUCUAGGUAUUAGAAGCCAUCCGGCCAACUACUAUCCUAAACUCCCGUAGACACGCGUUUCUCUAUCUCUAUCGAAUGCUCUAGCUACCGACCUGUUCUUCCCGACGUCCCUCCUCUAUUAGAGCGAUCCUCCGCGUCGGUCCAACGACGUGCAUCAAACUUGCAAGAGAUGUUGCGUUUGCGUACGGCAAGGGAAUCGCGAUACUUGGUCGAUUUUUGUCACCACCCUCGCCUAUCACCCUCGCAUCUAGUUCGUCCGUCCUGCUUCUUUGAGUUUUUUUUCGCUUCUGUUCACCCUCCUGUAUUCCGAGCCUACACCCAGACGUCAGCCACAUCAGAGGAGUCUUCGACCCGACCCGACACGAAGCACCAUUGCAGAGCCGGGAACGAUGGCAGCGGUCUGGGAUACAGCGGCGCGGCAGACGAAUAUAAUUUCAUUCAACUAUUUUUAUAACUCGGCCGAUUCGAAUGGGUAACGAUAAGUCUUGUUAAGUACCGAGCGAUUGACGGUGUCCGAAGCGUUUACGAAAUUUCCCGCUCGAGAUACAAUUCGAUAGAUGCUUUCAUGCGUGAUUCGAGAAUUCCCGCACCUCUAAUAAAAUACACCAACCGGCGUAGAUUACACGAAUAUGACGAAGGAAUUGGUAGACGCGACAACGGAAUAAUUUAUUUGUCACGUUAGAAGAAAAAAAGCUCUUUCCAUCGACGCGUUUUAAAUAUAAUCGCUAGCUCCGAUUAAAGGCAUUCUAAUCCAGCUCGAUAAGUAUCUUUCCACGAGCGUUUCACGGUAGAUGAGACAACGCCAAUAUUACGACCAGCGGACAAGCGACGUAGCUUCAAGAGUAAGAAGAGAAGAAUAUGAUGUUUGCAUCGGAGAUCUUUCGCGCAAUUAUGAAGGGACGAACCGGAGGUUUAUCCAGAGAUCAAAACGGACCGUCCACAUUCUUCCGCGUUUUCACAACGGAAGAUAUCACGCAGCUCCGCGCAGGCUCCUCGGGCUAACGUCCUAAAUUGGACUACGUAAUAACCCACUAGCUCUAUAAGAGCGCCUGGUCGGAGGAUACGCUGAGCUCGCUUCUUCGCGUGCUACCGUGGACCACGCCCAGGCCCGGAGCGACGUCUUCCUGACCUACCACCUGGCAAUCAGGCCGCGGAGCUACUCGGCUUCCCCUUCAGAAAAUCCAUAUAAUUUCGCGACGGCGAUACGACGAGUCGCAUCGCCGGGAUCGUCGAGGCGAAAUCGUAUCUCGCGAGCGUGCGCGAUUGUUGCACGCGAAGACACGACCGGACAGCCUUGGAGCCACGUGGUACAAGGUGGGUCCGCGGUGGUAUCGCUAACGCAAAUACCAGUCAGCUGAGAUCGGUUUCCAGCGGGUGAACCCUUGGCGACGUGUCUCUUCGAUUCCGGCCGAGACGCCACCCAUUGAGGUGGAACGAGGAUCAACCGUUAUUAUUUCCGAGCGUCGAUCGUAUCUUUCUUUCUCUCCCCUUUUUUUUCGGUAUAUCGUUUAGUUUCUCUUUUCCUUUAUUCAUACCCGUGCGGAUCGCGCGACGGGCAUAAGGUGCUCGGAGCGUGGACGGAGGGAGGAGAUUGCACGCGAUGGAGCAAUCGGCACCGCAAUGCUCCAAGUAGGCAGACGUAAAGCGGCGUAAAGAGCGACGCCGAUUCCCGCUUGCUUCUCGAGCGCGAUGCUAAAAUACGAGAAUCGAGUGGGAAAGCGCGUGCGGCGAGCAUAAAUAUGACCGUUCGAAAUCAUUCAGCUCGGACGCAAACUGCGGGAACCUUCGGUUCUCGCGGAGGAGCCGGUAGGAAUAUACGUGUGCGCACGACCGGGGAGACUUUCCAAGACGUAUAGUCGGUUGAUAACGAUUUUAUCGAUCGCGUCCCGAUUACGCGUUAACGUUUUAAAUUUCAAGUGCACACCCUCAGAAGGGAUUUCUGUCAUUGAGACAAAAAUAUGACGCAUUUAUAUUUCUCGCGGCCUCGUUUGGUAUAAAAAUAAGACAAAUGAAGUUUUCUUCUAGAU